UUUCCGGUUACACAGGCUUGGCCAGCUAUUGAACUGCGUUGAACUUUGUUGCUUCGUCUUUUUCGUUGUUUUAAACUUUUUAUUUUUCAUCAGUUUAUUACAGUUUUUUGUGUAAUUUACACGUAACCUGAGGGUUGUGCUCUUCACGAACUAAAUAUGGCGACUGUACGAUAGUAGUCGAAGUCGAAAGUAAAUGUACUCUUGUCGAAAGCUCAAACUAAACUCAAACCUCACGGUCUCAUCAUGAUUUCACCCGGUCUCGAACAGAGGGAGAGCUCUAAAAUGUCCACAGAUAAACAAAGAGGGAUCAGAGUUUCUCAGGAAGAGCUGCUUUGCAAGAACGCCUGCGGGUAUUACGGAAACCCUGCAUGGAAAGGAUUCUGCUCAAAGUGCUGGAGAGAGAGGUCGCGUCCGUCCGGAACCUUGAGACAAGACGCAAGACCGAGUGGUGAUGGAGUGCCUCCCACAUUUUCCAAAUUUGAGGAGAAGAAAAGCAUAGAGAAAGGUAGCCGUUAUAACACUGUGAGGAGGCUGUUCUGGGGCAGCACAUCUCCUCCUAAACCUCAAGAGUCCUCAGAAAGCCAUACAAAUCUGUUAAAAGCCUUUCAGGGUCUUGAUCCUGGAGACUUCCCUGGUUUUCUAAAGAUCCUGCGGAGUCCACCAUCCCAGCGUUUGCAGUCCCGUUGCACUGCUUUCCUCAACACAAUGGAGGCUUACCAUGGUCUGCCAAUACAGAARCAGUCGGACCUUGUGCAGGAUUUCUACCAGUCUUUUGCUGAAUAUUUUAGAAGUUUUCCUGAAGCUCAGGUCACUCAGAUAAUGGAGCACGUAGAGAAGCUGAUAAUGACACGGCUGCACAAAUGGGUCUUCUGCCAUGACAGCUGCGAUGAUGAACAGAAGGACCUGGCUCUUCAGCGACGGAUACGCUCCUUAAACUGGGUCACUCCACAGAUGCUGAGCGUCCCUUUUCCAGAUGAAAACAUUCCAGUGACAGGCGACCCCUUUCUGCCUGCUAUAACAGCCAUAAUAGAAAUGGAUGCCAAACGUGCGCCUCAGGAUAAGCUUGCUUGUGUGUCCAAAUGCAGUCAGCACAUCUUUGAAGCUCUCUCAGUCCUCAACGAUGAGCCUGCUAAUGCCGAUGCCUUCCUGUCAAGCCUGGUUUAUGUGGUGCUGAAGGCCAAUCCACCUCGUCUUCACUCCAACAUGCAGUACAUGAUUCGUUUUGGGCUGCCCCACAGUCUGAUGGCUGGAGAGAGCGGCUACUACUUCACAAACUUAUCUUGUGCUGUGGCCUUUAUUGACAAGCUUAACGGACCAGCACUGAGCCUCAGUCCAGAAGAGUUUGAGGGCUACAUGCGAGGCCAACGCGCUCCUGCUGCGCUGACCAAGAGGCAGCAGGUGGUCGGUGAAACCCAGCACCUGUUGGAGGAACUGCAAGGCAGGCAAGAGAAGCUGCACCAAGGAGUGGACGCUCUCAACGUCGAGUUACAAAAGUGGGUUCAAGCAGUUAAUUCACAGCUGGACGAAGCAACAACCCAGUUCGAUGAAGUGCAGAAAGACAUAACGGCACAAAGUGAGGAGCCGUCAUUAGCUCAGGAUGAAUCCCAGUGAGGGGAUGAUGGUCUGAUGGUCAACAUGUAGGUCCAAAUGAUACAGACUGUUAGCUUUGUUAUCAGAAUCUGCUAAUGUGGUACUUAAUGCUGAUGGUUAACUUAUGUAGGCUGCAGGAAAAAUAAGAUUUGUGUUCCAGUGACAUUUUUGCACAAGUUUCAGCCCCAGACAAAAUGUGAUUAAAAUUCCAAAUGAGGAUUUAGGAAAACCUCCUGAGGAAAACAUUUUUUGAAGGUCAUAUGAAGUAUUUUAAAAAUCUUUUAUUUAAAAUAUUUUUCCACUUCUUGUGUACUUCGAAUCAAAGGCUAUUAACACAUUCCAGUUUAUUAACAGUCGUGAUUAAAUUAAUUAAUGUUAAGCACUCAGGGAACCCGGCACUUUGCCAUAUCUCUAACACUUUGAAGGUGUUAUAUUUUUCCUAAUGGUAUUAACCAUCGUGCCAAUAUGGGGACUGCUGUGAAAUUUAAAAAAAAGGUGAAAAUGUAUUGUAGCCAUUUUUAACCACUACAGGUUCUGGGGUGGGGGUGUGGAUAUGAAAAACGUGUUUUACCUUAAAAGUGUUAGUGCAAUACAAUUUGUAAAACGUUUUCAUCAGCGAGUAUAAUAAAAUGUUUACUACAUUAAAAGGUUAAUGAAGAAAAUUAAACUUAUAUUUUAUUCAAUGAUUGUACCUAAUAAUAUAAUAAAGCUGACUUAUAAUUUAAA